AUGAAUGAAGGCAAUUCAAAGAAGAAUCUGAUUGAGCUGCCCAAGAGUCCGAAGCCGAGUCAAGGGGAACUUGUUUCGUCUCCAAGGAAGGAGUCAGAAGGGGAUGCCAUCAAAACGGCAGAUGCACCUAGUGAGACCACUAAAAGCGACAAUUCAAUUGAUGGAGGUCAAAUUGGAAACACAAAUGACCACGUCACUGAGGAAGCCCUAGAUGUGAUCGUCAAAGUGUUGGAGGCGCAUCUACAGCCGUACACUGUAGGGAAUGUGGUGCUCCACCUUCUCAAGAAGCAAAAGGCAAAGUUAGCUCAGGCAGCUGCCCACAAAGAAAAACCACACUAUCUUAGAACUCAACCCGCAAAAAUACUAUUCUGCUGUUUGGCUUACACCCUUGUCAUGUUGUGGUUCAAACGACUGAAUUUGAGUCACGGUGACUUCAGCGGAGCUAUCCUUGAAGCGAUCACCUACUUGGUCUGCGUAGAAGUUUUGAGAGUGAUGCCCUAUUUUGUGUUGAUGUAUGCUAGGCAGGGCCAAUUGGAUCUUGUUUUCGAAUGGAGGGUGCUUUUGUGCUUGAUUGUGGCCACAGUGUACCACACACUCGUUGCUGGGAAGAGCCCGUGGCUCACAAUAUUGAAAGCUGGGGCUAUCUUUUUAUGUACUGUUUUUGUCGAUGUUUACUCGGAAGCUGUGGGUCUAAUUAUGGAGAUUUACGGCUUAGGCAAUUCAGGGACAGAUCAACAUAGUGGACUUGCAUUAGCCGGAGACUAG